GGUCUCUCUACUUUGAUCAUGUUUGGUCUUUCUAUUAUCCGAUUUAUAUUCCCACCAAUACCAUGAUGCCUAUGGCCUAUGGGGUAAGUAAGUUCCAUGAAAUACCAAAAGAAGCUGUACGGAAACUACACUGAGAACGAACUCCCGGUUUAAAUUCUGCUAAUACGACUGAGAGUUAACGGUCUAAUCAAACCAAAGCUUGGUCCCCCCUAUAAAUUAGCAAUCUAAACAUCUCUCCCUCUCUACCACCACUUCGAAUUUCCACCAACUCCAUAGCCGGAGCGGAGCUCCGAUCAUGUCAUCUUUCUCCGACGAAACAAUCCCGGGCCACCAACCAAUCGUCCUUGGUUGUGGUCAACUCUGUCUUGAUUACUUAGUCACAGUAUCGUCUUUCCCAAAUCCCGAUCAGAAGAUCCGGUGCACGAGCUCCAAGGUCCAAGGAGGAGGAAACACUGGCAACUCUUUAACUUGUGUUGCUCGUUUGGGUUUGCCUUGUCGAAUCUUAGCUAAGGUUGCUGAUGAUUCUCAAGGCCGCUAUAUGGUUGAAGAACUCGAAUCUAGCGGUGUGGAUACUUCGUUUUGUUUGAAUGCUAAAGAUGGAGCUUCUCAUUUUAAUUACGUCAUUGUAGAUAACCAAACGAAUACGCGUACGUGUAUAUACACUCCAGGAUAUCCUCCUUUGCUCCCAGAUGACCUUACUGAAUCUCUCCUUUUAUCUGUGCUUGAUGGAGUAAGAGUUCUUUAUGUAAAUGGAAGGUCCCGUGAAGCCGAAUUGCUUCUUGCGCAAAAGGCACAUAGCAAGGAUAUAUCCAUCUUAAUCAAUGCAGAGAAAAGAAGGGCAGGGCUAGAGGAGCUCCUUAACUUAGCUGAUUACGCCAUUUGCUCUACUAACUUCCCUCAGGAUUGGACAGAGUCACCAUCAUCUCCCAGUGCACUUCUCUCUAUGCUCAUUAGAUUACCAAAGCUAAAAUUUGUGAUCAUGACUUUGGGGGAACACGGUUGUGUGAUGCUCGAGAGAUGUUCCAAUGAGGUUUCAGGUUCAGAAGAAGAGAGAGACAUAGAUGAAUUACACGAGUCACUGAAGCAAAGCACAGACUAUACGAGUGUGUUACCGGUCUGCAAUUCAUCGCUAGUGACUAGACUGGCAGGGAAUGUUACAGGGAGAUUGGUUAUAGUAACAGCUGAGAAAAUACCUUCAUCGGAGCUUAUAGACACAACUGGUGCUGGAGAUGCGUUUACCGGAGCUUUGCUCUAUGGUUUGUGUACUGAAAUGGCUACAGACAAAAUGUUGACAUUUGCAUCUCGAGUCGCUGCUUGCUGCUGCAGAGGUUUAGGAGCUCGAACUACUCUUCCGUUUCGUACUGAUCCAAACCUUGCAACGUUCUUGGCAACACCACCGUAACUUGUCUUUUGUCUUCUUGACGUCUCAACUCAAUAGACCCCAAGGUCUUUAAAUUGCGUCUGUAUUUUAUUUUGUAUGAAAAUGAAAUAAAAAUAAAAGAUUAUAUGUUGCGGGAAAUGCCAAGUCAGAUUCUCGUUUGUGUGACACCGUCUUACAUUACGUGUACCAUGUG